CAUUAAUUUACGAUGUGAUCCCGAGUACAAAAAGAUCGCGCUUUAAUAUAAAGGUUGCAAGUGGCUGCUGGGACAUCAUUAGAGAAUAUCUUGUGGACGAGAAGGUGUGUCCAGAAAAGUUUUAUAAAUUGACAAGUUGUUCGUUGUGACCUGAUUCGUAGGAAUGGAUAAUUCCAUUGAAACCAUACAUGAACCAAAACCCGUUACUUAUCCGCGUAGUGUAACGUUUGACGAUGCUCUCUCAAUGGCAAAGUUUGGAAAAUUCAAUUACAUUAUGAUCAUCAUAUCUGGAACCAUUCUCGCGGCUGUUUUGCUGGAAACGUUAGGAAUAAGCUAUGUUAUCCCAGUGGCGGAAUGUGACUUACUGCUCACAACCAAAGAAAAAGGAGUCCUCAGUGCAGUUUCAUUUGCAGGGAUCAUCACAAGCUCUCAUCUAUGGGGAUUUCUCGCAGACACUCGGGGGAGAAAGAAGGUAAUCGUUCCAACGUUGUUUCUAACGUUUGCUGCAACGAUUAUUUCUAGCUUCACCACAAGCUUCUGGAUAAUCGCUCUAUUUAGAUUCCUUGCCGGGUUUUUCAUUUCCGGUUCAUCUGCCACAAUCUACGCCUAUUUGGGUGAGUUUCACAAUAAGCGUGACGGAUCGCGCGCCAUUAUGGGAGCAUCUUUCGUGUUCGGAAUCGGUUGCCUGUUGCUUCCAGGGAUUGCCUUUCUGGUCAUAAAUCAAGAGUGGGAGUUUUACAUUCCAUUUGUGAACAUAGUGUACCGUCCGUGGAGAUUGUUCUUGGCCGUUUGUGGACUUCCGAGUCUUGUGUGUGCUUUUGCAUUACUCAAAAUUCCAGAAAGCCCAAAAUUCACGUUCGUUCAAGGCAACACCGAGAAAGCGAUCGAAACGAUUCAAUGGAUGCAUAAGCUGAACACCAGGGGGAAGGAAUCAAAGCUACAGAUCACUUCGAUUCUAGCCGAAUCGGAAGGUCAGCAAAAGAAAAGGCGAUGCAGUGAAGCUGACAAUACCAAUGGGUUUAAGACAUUGAUGAAGCUCAUCUGGAACCAAACGGCUCCCUUAUUCAUGAGCCCUUACCUGAAUAAGACAGCCAUCGUUUGUGUCUUGCAGUUCGGAAUCUACUUGUCAUCCAAUGGAAUGUACAUGUUUUUCCCGGAUAUUCUGAAUCGAGCAGCAGAAUUGCAGGAAUCAGGCGUGAAUCGCACUACUUUGUGCCAUGCAGUCUACGCAACACAAAUCGACAUUUCAAUGUUGAGUCAAAAUGAUACGGAAAUCAUUCCUGAAUGUAACCAAAAACUUGACAUCAUAGCCUAUGAGCACUCAUUCAUCCUUGAACUAUUGUAUGCGUUGGGUUUCGCUGUUAUUGGAUUGAUAAUCAAUGCAGUCGGCAAACUGCCCAUCUUGGUAUUUGUCUUUGUUUGUUGUGGUAUAUCUGGAGUGUUGAUUAUUUUUAUCGACAUCCCUCUGCUCGCCAUGUGGCUGUAUCUCGUUCUGUUGACAUGUGGGUACUGCAUCAGCGUGGUUAAUGCCGUUACGGUGGAUUUAUUUCCAACAAACCUGAGGGCGAUGGCUAUUUGCAUUUCUCUGAUGUUUGGAAGGCUUGGGAGUGUGGUUGGCGCGAAUAUGGUUGGCUUGCUGCUCGAUACACAGUGUGAGCUUACGUUUUGGAUAUCAGGCAUUUCUCUGAUUGGAUGCGGUGUGCUUUCGUUCUUCAUUCCCAACAUUUACCAACGAAAUGUGACGGAGCCCAGGACUAGCGUUUCAUCAAGACUAUGAUAAGCUCGUAGGAACCUUGAACCAUUUUCGAAUAGACUGAGAUAAAUACCUGUUUCUAUUGGUCUGAUAAUUCAUUAAUUAGUUGUUAUUUAUUGCCUUAGGAAGCCAACAUUAUCCGAUUAGUAU